UCGUGCGGCUAGGGGCUGACCGGCCGAACGGUUCGGCCGGCGCACCGGCGCCUAUUGGUGCCCCUAUAUAUUUCUGUUGCGUGAAACAUCCAAAGCAGAGCAAAACAGAGCUUCUUGCGCAGAACUGAAAGCCAAGAAAACAGAGACAUGGAGAGCGCGAGCAUGCCGUCCGGCGAUGAGCGUGGCGGCGGUGUGCACGUCCUGCUGGUGCCGCUGCCGGCGCAGGGCCACAUGAACCCGAUGAUCCAACUCGGCCGGCGCCUCGCUUACCACGGCCUGCACCCCACGCUCGUCGCCACGCGGUACGUGCUCUCCACGGGCCCGCCCCCCGGCGACCCCUUCCGCGUGGCCGCCUUCUCCGACGGCUUCGACGACGGUGGCAUGGCCUCCUGCCCGGACCCCGUCGAGUACUGCCGCAGGGCCGAGGCCGUGGGGUCCGAGACGCUGGCGCGGGUCAUCGCCGCCGAGGCGCGCGCCGGGAGGAUGCCGUCCGUGAUGGUCUACGACCCGCACAUGGCGUGGGCGCCGCCUGUGGCAAAGGCGGCCGGCGUGCCGACCGCGGCGUUGCGUCGGGAGGGCGCUGCGUCGCCUGGGCGGCGUUGCGUCGGGAGGACCGCCGGGAGGGCGCUGCGUCGCCUGGGCGCGGUGAGCGUGGACCUCGGGCCCGAGGACCUGUCGCCGUUCCUCGUGUCGCCAGAGCUGUACCCCAAGUACCUCGACGUGUCCAUCCGGCAGUUCGAGGGCCUCGAGGACGCCGGCGACGUGCUCGUCAACUCCUUCCGCGACCUCGAGCCGCAGGAGGCGGAGUACAUGGCGUCGAGAUGGCGCGCCAAGACGGUCGGCCCGACGCUGCCCUCCUUCUUCCUCGACGACGGCCGCCUGCCGUCGAACAAGGCCUACGGCGUCAACUUCUUCAGCAGCGACGCGCCGUGCAUGGCAUGGCUGGAUCGGCAGCCUCCUAUCUCAGUAGUCCUCGCGUCCUACGGGACGGUCUACAGCCUCGACGCCGGCGAGCUUGACGAGCUUGGAAAUGGGCUCUGCGAUUCCGGCAAGCCAUUUCUCUGGGUCGUGAGAUCCAGCGAGGUAGAAAAGAUAUCUGAAGAACUCCAUGACAGAUGCAAGGAAAAUGGAUUACUUGUGCCUUGGUGUCCCCAGCUUGAUGUCCUGGCGCAUAAAGCCAUAG